GUUAAUGCUGGGCUUACUCUGAAAAGCCCUUGAGCUUCCACCCAUUUCAAGCCCACCAAAACUCUCCUCAAUUUGAAGACUUUCAGGAUAAAUCGAUGCCUCCAUAAUGGAGUUCUUGUGAUUCGACGAGAGAAUUGCUCCAGCGGACAAGCCGAAAUUGAAGCCACCCCCUAGCAGCUGACAGGUAAAAUCUAGAGACGAAUAACUUUUCCUUUUUCUCGUUAAAUCAGUUUCCAUGGACGACAUUUUCGAUUCUUCCCUCAAUCUUGAAGAGGCCCACUUGAAGGAAGGUUAUGCCGACGGCUAUAAAGAUGGUCUCGUCGCUGGCAAAGAAGAGGCUGAGCAAGUAGGCCUUAAAGUUGGUUUCGAGGUCGGCGAGGAACUAGGGUUCUACAGAGGGUGUGUGGACGUGUGGAAUUCUGUAAUUCGGAUCGAACCGGAACGGUUUUCUAUUCGGGUUCGAAAGAGUGUGAAGCUGAUGGAGGAGUUGCUAGAGAAAUAUCCACUUCAAGAUCCUGAGAAUGAGCAAGUUCAGGAGCUGAUGGAAGGGUUGAGGCUCAAAUUCAGAGCGGUUUCUGCCACUUUGGGCGUCAAAUUGGAGUAUCAUGUAAAGAGAAAAAUGUCAAAAUUGUUUCUUGCUUGCUGCAAGGUAUACAUCUCAGAAAGCAGAAAUAAGGCUGCGCUGGAGUCCAUUGAACGAGCUACCAAGCUCUUCCCUGAUGCACCUAUUAUCAACAAAUUCACGGAUGAGGUUUAUAACAGAGUUGGAUAUACCCUUGUUUCAAAGCUCCCAUCACAUCUAUCUGGAAAGUCAUGUUCCCUGAUAAGUGCGGUCCUGAACAUGGUUAAGGCUGCAUUUUCAGCAAUUGAUUUCAAUUCGCAUUGUGGCAGCCACCCGAGACUUGGAGUUGUUGAUCAUAUAUGCUUUCAUCCAUUGGCCUCUGCAACUUUGGAGGAUGCCGCUCUUAUCGCAAAAUAUCUGGCAGCUGAUGUUGGAUAUAGUCUACAAGUCCCAACAUUUUUAUAUGGAGCGGCUCAUGAAGAGGGGAGGAAACUAGCAGUGAUCAGAAGAGAGCUCGGUUAUUUCAAGCCAAAUUCUGAGGGCUCAAAGUGGGCUGGAGGGUUGAAAUCAGAUUCAUUGCCACUGAAGCCAGAUGACGGUCCAGCUGAAGCAAGUAAAGCAAAAGGGGUUGUGGUGAUUGGAGCAACAAAGUGGGUUGAUAACUACAAUGUCCCAGUUUUCUCUACCAAUAUCAGUGCUGUUCGUAAGAUUGCGAAGCAAGUGAGCGAGCGAGGAGGUGGACUUUCUUCUGUUCAAGCAAUGGCCCUUGCUCAUGAUGAGGGUGUAAUUGAGGUGGCUUGUAAUUUGCUUGAACCAAGUAAAGUGGGAGGAAAAAUGGUUCAGCAGGAAGUUGAACGGCUUGCGGAAAAUGAAGGUUUAGGCGUGGGGGAAGGUUAUUUCACAGACCUCUCGCAAGAGAGUAUUAUUGAAAGGUACCUCGAAUUGUUUUCUUUGUAAUUUUGUGACUUGCAUUUGACUUUUUAUAUUUUAUGUAUCUUAUGCUUUUGAUUUUUAUACCAACACUUGUUGACAUGUUUUGAUCUUCUAAGUAUGUGGUUUUAAAGAUUCCAAGUUUUCUCU